AUGGGUUCCGCAGACCCCGAAAAAAACACUCAUGAUGUUUCCAGCUCGCCAGAGUCCCAUGCGCGACUCCACCCGCAGAAUGAAGACCACCUGCGCCGCUCUCUCUCAGCACGACAAGUACAAAUGAUUGCGAUAGGAGGCACCAUCGGCACUGGAUUAUUCCUCGGGACGGGAAAAGCGCUUGCAACUGGCGGUCCUGCAUCCCUUCUCCUGUGCUAUUCUAUCGUGGGCGGCAUCAUCUUCGUAACAAUGCUCUCGCUCGGUGAGAUGGCAGCUUUUGUGCCUGUCGCAGGCUCAUUUUGCACGUUUGCAGGACGCUACGUCGACGACGCAUUCGGUUUCGCCUUGACGUGGAAUUACUGGUUUAAUGAUGCUGUAUCAACAGCUGCAGAUCUUACGGCUCUCAACCUACUUGUGAAGUAUUGGUCGGAUGAUUUCCCUUGGUAUGCGCUUGGCAUCGUUGUAUGGGUAUUGAUUGUGCUGGCGAACAUCAUCAACGUCAAAGCAUACGGCGAGUUGGAAUACUGGCUGAGUCUGCUGAAAGUCGUAACGAUCAUCAUCUUCAUCAUCUUGAGCAUUGCAGUCAACGCAGGCGGAAACAUCGGCUAUGGAUACAUCGGUGGGAAGUAUUGGACCAAGGGAGAUGCACCGUUUGUUGGUGGUAUUGGAGGUUUCGCAUCCGUCUUCGUAACAGCUUCGUUCGCAUACGGAGGCACGGAAUCGAUCGCAAUCACCGCAGGAGAGACCCGCGAUCCCGCGCGCGUGCUCCCACGUGUAGUCAAGAAUGUCUUUUGGCGCAUCUUGUUGUUCUACAUUCUUUCAGCCCUCAUGAUCGGCCUCAACAUUCCUUACGACUACCCCGGGCUGAGCACCAAGUCGAGCCGCACAUCUCCCUUCACCAUCGCCUUUCAGAUGGCAGGCUCAAAAGCAGCGGGCUCAUUCGUCAACGCAGUCGUGAUUUCGAGCGUGAUUUCUGCCGGUAAUCAUGCACUUUAUGCUGGAUCGAGGCUUCUUUACACACUUGGCGCAAACGGCCAUGCUCCAAGGGUCUUCACCAAGUUGACACGCUACCAGGUUCCUUGGGUCGCGGUGAUGACGACAAGCUUGGUAGCCAUUGUCCUCUUCUCCCUAUCUUUUGCAGGAUCCGGUCAGGUCUGGACGUGGCUACAAAACAUCGUCGGCGUCUCCAAUCAGUUGAGUUGGAUAUGCAUCGGUAUCGCAUCGCUGCGGUUUCGCGCAGGUAUCAAAGCGCAAGGAAAAGAGCACCUUUUGCCCUUCAAGAACUGGACCUAUCCUUGGGGUCCAGUCAUUUGCGUUGUCUUGAACAUUUUUAUCGUUCUAGUCCAAGGCUGGACCUCAUUCCGUCCAAAGUUUAGUCCUAUCGACUUCGUUAGCUUAUAUCUCGAGCUUCCAGUCUUCGUAGCGAUGAUUUUCGGAUGGAAACUCAUCAAGCGCACGAAGUUCAGGAAGGCGAGCGAAAUGGAUCUUGAGACUGAUGUCUAUACUAAAGAUGAUAUGGAACCUGUCAAGAAAGAUUGGAAAAGCUGGGGUCAGAGGAUUGGAACCUGGUUUUGCUUCUAA